GUGUCACCCCCCCCCUCCCCAGGGGGGGUCGAGAGAGAGCGGCCUGUGUGUGAAGAGAGAGCGCGGACGGUGUGGGUGCUGCCACCUCCCCCUCUCUCUCUCCCCACCCUCGGGGCUGGAGUGGGGGGGGGGGGUGCUUUAUUUUUGAGAGUGGGACCCGGGAGGCUGGGGACGGUGUUGGGGUGACUCACGGCGGUCGGGGUGCCGGCCUGUUCCUGUCGUCCUCCUUCCUCUCCCGGGGUGUGUGUAGCCGCUUCCUGCUCUCUCCAUGUCUCUCUCCACCCCCACCCCCACCCCCACCCCCAGCCCGGGCAGACGGGGCCAGACGGUCGGAGUGCGCUGUCCCUGCUGUCCGUGAAGAGAUGAUGUCGAUUCCUUUGUGUGGAAAAAGGCCAUUCAGCCCAUCAAAUCUGCACUAGCCCUCCAGAUCCAGCCACCACCCUAUCUAUGUAACCCUGCAUUUACUGUGGCUAAGCCACCUAGCCUCUGGAACCCUGGACAUUACGGGUACCUUUUGUGUGAACUGCAAGAUCCAAGAACAGCAACUAUCCAAGAAAUACACAAUAAAGUCCUGAUAGGGAACAAGUCGCUUCGGUGAAUUAUUUUUGAAGAAAUUGCUGUAGAGGGAGCACAACAAACAUUUGGCAGACUUGUUUGAAGACGGUGGAUUUGGCCUGUGAAGAGAAGUUGGGCAAACCAAGCUUCAAUUUUUGAAGAAUGAGAGGCGAUCUUGUUGAAAUUCACAAAAUCCUUUAAGGGGUAGACAGUUGCUGCUUUAAAGGGCCAUUUGUCGAUGAAGGGUGAAAUUUGUGAUCCCAGUACCGAUCAUUCCAAGGCUUUGAGUGGCAAGAAUGCCAUCUUCAACACGUAAAGGGGCAGCAAGAGAUCCUGAAAUUUCAGAACUCUUCUUUAAAGAGGACCCAGAGGAACUGUUUGUUGACUUGCAUGAAAUUGGGCAUGGAAGCUUUGGAGCUGUUUAUUUUGCCAGAAAUGCUCGCACAUCAGAGGUGGUGGCAGUCAAGAAAAUGUCCUAUAGUGGUAAACAAAUAACAGAGAAAUGGCAGGACAUUAUCAAAGAAGUCAAAUUUCUCCGCCAACUCAAGCAUCCAAAUACUAUAGAAUACAAAGGUUGUUAUCUAAAGGAGCACACUGCCUGGAUGGUCAUGGAAUACUGCCUAGGAUCAACUUCUGAUUUGCUGGAAGUUCACAAGAAACCACUUCAGGAAGUGGAGAUUGCUGCCAUUACCCAUGGUGCCUUGCAGGGGCUGGUCUACCUGCAUUCUCGUAAUUUGAUACACAGAGAUAUAAAGGCAGGAAAUAUUUUACUAACUGAACCAGGACAAGUCAAACUGGCUGAUUUUGGAUCUGCCUCUAUAGUAUGCCCUGCCAACUCAUUUGUUGGGACGCCUUACUGGAUGGCCCCAGAGGUGAUCCUUGCGAUGGACGAGGGACAAUAUGAUGGAAAAGUAGAUGUGUGGUCUCUUGGCAUAACAUCCAUCGAACUUGCUGAACGCAAACCACCUUUGUUCAACAUGAACGCAAUGAGUGCCUUAUAUCACAUUGCCCAGAAUGAAUCUCCAACACUUCAGUCAAAUGAGUGGUCUCAAUUUUUUAGGAGUUUUGUGGAUUACUGCCUGCAGAAGAUUCCGCAGGAUCGACCAACAUCAUUAGAACUUUUGCGGCAUGAUUUUGUUCGCCGGGAGCAUCCGCAAAGAGUUCUUUGUGACCUUAUUGCAAGAACAAAAGAUGCGGUACGAGAGCUGGAUAAUCUUCAGUAUAGAAAAAUGAAAAAAAUUCUUUUUCAAGAAACUCGUAAUGGACCAAUGACUGAAUCACAAGAGGAAGAGGAGGACAGUGAGCAUGGUGCAGGAUUAGGUAGUAAAGUAGAUAGCCUGGGAAGUAAUCAAUCCAUUCCCAGUAUGUCGAUCAGCACAGGCAGCCAGAAUAGCAGUGUUAACAGUCUGCAUGAAGUCUUUGAUGAUAGUUCAGAGAUCGCAAUGAUGCAUGAUGGUGAUAACACCAUGCAAUCCAAUGUCUCCGUCAUCCACAAGAAGCAGGACCAUGUAUUCAUAAGGGAUGAAGCAGGCCAGAAAGACAUCAGGCCUGAUCUGCGGCCUACAGCAUCUCUCCAUAGUCAGGCCUCUCUGCUUAAGAACCGAGAGCAUUUUGCUACAAUCAGAACAGCAUCUCUGGUUACAAGACAGAUCCAUGAGCAUGAACAGGAAAACGAGUUACGUGAACAGAUGUCGGGCUACAAGCGGAUGCGAAGACAGCACCAGAAGCAGCUGAUGGCUUUAGAGAAUAAGUUGAAGGCUGAGAUGGAUGAACAUCGUCUAAAGUUGGAGAAAGAAGUAGAGACUCAAUGUAACAAUGCAUCUAUUGAACUGGAGAAGCUGGCGAAAAAACAUCAAAUAUCGAUGGAAAAAGAGAUGAAGGUAGCAGCACAAGAUGAGAAGAAAAUCCAGCAGCAAAUUACAGCACAACAGAAAAAGGAACUGACCACCUUCCUUGAAAACCAAAAGCGCCAGUAUAAACUUUGUAAAGAAAAGAUUAAAGAGGAGAUGAAUGAAGAUCACAGUACACCGAAGAAGGAAAAGCAAGAAAGAUUAUCUAGACAUAAAGAAAACCUUCAACACACGCAGGCAGAAGAGGAAUCUCAACUACUUGGCCGUCAACGAUUGCAGUACGAUCGAAAUUGUCGUGAGCUUAAGCGCAAAUUGAUGAUUAUACGACAUAAUUUGGAGCAAGAGCAUCUACGUGAGGAAGUGAAUAAGAAGCAAACUCAAAAGGAGAUGGAACAUGCCAUGUUAAUUCGUCACGAUGAGUCCACACAAGAACUGGAAUUCCGACAGCUUAAUAUGUUGCAAAAACUUAGGAUUGAUUUAAUCCGCUUACAGCAUCAGACUGAGCUGGAGAAUCAAACAGAGUAUAAUACCCGCCGAGAGCGGGAACUACACAGAAAACAUGUCCUGGAACUCAGACAACAGCCAAAGAGCCUAAAGGCCAUGGAGCUACAGAUAAAGAAGCAGUUCCAAGACACAUGUAAAGUCCAAACAAAACAGUACAAAGCACUGAGGAACCACCAGCUGGAGGUAACUCCAAAAAGUGACCACAAAAUGGUCCUGAAAGCACUUAAAGAGGAACAGACAAGGAAAUUAGCCAUUUUGGCAGAACAGUAUGAACAAAGCAUCAAUGAGAUGAUGGCCUCACAAGCGCUGCGGCUAGAUGAGGCUCAGGAAGCAGAGUGCCAAGGUCUGAAACAUCAACUUCAGCAAGAAAUGGAGCUACUCAAUGCCUACCAGAGUAAAAUUAAGAUGCAGACUGAAGCACAGCAUGAGAGAGAGUUCCAAAAACUUGAGCAGCUGGUGUCAAUGCGUAGAGCACGUCUUGAACAAAAGAUUGAAGAGGAACUGGCUGCACUUCAGAAAGAACGCACUGAGAGAAUACGAAAUUUAUUAGAAAGACAAGGACGGGAAGCUGAAAGCUUUGACAUGGAAAGCCUCAGACUUGGGUUUGGAAAUUUGCUUACAUUGGACUAUCCCAAGGAAGACUAUAGAUGAAAAACAUUGCCAUAACUUUGCCCAGAUUCUAAUCCUGGGCUCAUUUCUUCUUGAGGGCAGACAUCACCUCUGGACUAGUGCCUGUACAGUCCUUAAUUUCCUUAUCAGGGCCCCAUUGUUAAUGUUAACAAGAACGCUGACCAUUUGUUGGUCAUCUUUUAAAAUGAGACAGUAUUGAUAUAUGUGCAAUCAUACCUUUUGUGAAAUUGGAAAGCAGGAUGUACAUCGCUUAUGAUCAUGCAUUACAACUAAUUUGUAAAUCUGUGCAGAAAGACAAAUGUUAUAUCUGCAGCCUUAUCUUAACUCGCUGCUAGCUUUCUUUCGGUAUUUAUUCAUCAGGAAAUUUUAUUAAGAUUGAAUAAUUUGAUACUAAAGAUUUGAUGUACAUGUCAAUCAUACAAAGUGCUUCUGGGAAAUAGUUUUAAAAAGCAAUGCUGGCAAGGGUUUCCUAGUCCAGUGUUAAUCAUAUGUAAAAAAAAAAUCAUUUUCUGCUGUGGCAGAUGUGCAUACUGUAUGUGAAUCCUGGGACCCAAGUAGCACAAUAGGGCCAAGGCACUAUCACAUAUAUUGUAUAGAUGGAAUUCAGGAGAGCUUUUACUUAUUUUCAUAAAGUAUUUUAAUGGUUCCUCAAAUUAAUUUUAUAAUAAUUUUUGUUCAGUCUGAGGUAAACCUGGCUGUAAGUGGGAUCUUCUAAUAGAAUUUUCUGUCUAGACCAUAAAUGUUGCUUACUCAUA